CAGUAAAAAGGAACCAACCGAAGCCACGGAGAAACAAACCUUGGUAACUGAAGUUAGUGAGGGAAAACCGGUGGACUUUUUUGAAGCCAUGGAAGAAGUGACCGACGUGACCGGGGAUGUUGAGGUCCAACCAACUGAGUUCACAGGCAUCGAUGUGACUCAGGUCAGUGAUGAGACACCAACUGAGGCUGUUGAGGUCACUGAUGUCUGUAAGGCACCGGAUGAUGUGGCCAGAGCCGAGGAGAAAGUUACAGCCGAAGUUACUGAAGGUACUGAGGCACCAACUGAUGUAGCUGAAAUCGCUAAGGAGGAACCAGUUGAGGCCACUCCGCGGACGGAGGGAAGACUUACCGAUGACGACAAGGAGGAGGACAGACAAUUGGAAAAAACACUCCAUGUAACUGAAAUCAUUGAAGAGAAACGAACUGAUGUCACGGAGAGACCUGCUGAUAUCACUGCAGUCAUGGAUGAGAAACAGGCUCAAUCCUCAGAAACCGUUCAGGUCUUGGAGCAACCGGCCGAUGGUACCGAGGUGGAUGAGGUCACACGAACUCAGUCCACGGAUGUUGAUGCGGUCAAAAUCAGUGAGGCGGCACCGACCGAGGCUGUUGAGGUCACUGAGGCCAUUGAGACACCGCAUGAUAUCACCGAAGUCGAGGAGAAAACUAUAACCGAAGUUUCUGAGGUCGCUGAGGUCUCUGAGACCCCAUACGAUGUGACCGGACUCGAGGACAAAGUCAUAUCCAAAGCUUUUGAAACCACUAGGGAACCAGCCGAUAUCGCUGAAACCAUUGAUGACAAACCAGUUGAGGCUACUCCGGCGACUGAGGAACCACUUGUUCAGGCUGAACUUCAGGAGCACGAACCAACUGAAGCCACUGAAGAGCCUCUCGAUGUGACGGAAAUCACUGAAAAGAAACCAAUUGAUGCCACACAGGAGCCAGCCCUUGUGACUGAAGUUACUGAGGAAAAACCAGCGGACGUUCUUGAAGUCGUUGAAAAAGCGGCCGAUGGCACCAAAGUCGAUGACGUCACGACAAUGGAGGUCACGGAGGGUGCCGAGAUCACUGCAGUCGUUGAGAAGCCAUGUGAUAUAACUGGAGUCGAGGAAACAGGUAUAACCGAAGUGCUUAGAGCCGCUGAGGUACCACCCGACGUGUCUGACACCAUUGUGGAGAAAUCGGCCGGAAAAUCUCUCCAUGUAGCUGCAUUCAUCGAAGAAAUUUCAACUGAGGUCAUUGAGGAACCGGCUGGUGUUACUACAGUCGUUGAUGAGAAGCGAGCUGAAUUCCCUGAAAUCGAUGAGGUCUUUGAGAAGCCAGCAGAAGGCAAGGAAUCCCAUGAGGUCUCACCGACUGAGUUGACGGAUAUCGACGUCAUUAAGGUCAGUGAGGAGACACGAACAGAUGCUGCUGAGGUCACUGAGGUCUCCGAGACACCAUAUGAUGCCAUCGGCGCCGAGGGGAAAGUUUCAACCGAAGCUACUGAGGUGACCGAGGAUAUGGCUGUAGCCAUCGAGGACAGCCUGGCUGAGGCUACUCAGGUUGACCGGGGAAGGAAUUACGGAGGAGGACAAACCAACAGAAAAACCUCUCCAUGCAACCGAAACCAGUGAAGAGAAACCAGCUGAGGUCACAGAGGAACCAGCCGAUGUUACUGAAGUCAUGGAUGAGAAAGGAGCGCAAUCUCUCGAAACCGUUAUGACCGUGGAGAAACCGGCAGAUGGCAUGGCAGUGGAUGAGGUCGCACGAACUGAGUUCACGGACAUUGAUGUGCUUGAAGGCAGUGAGGGGACACCAGCCGAGGCUGCAGAGGUCACUGAGGUUUGUGAGACCUUAUAUGAUGUGACUGGAGUCGAGGAGAAAGUUAUAACCGAAGUUCCUGAAGCCACGGAGGAACAAACCGAUAUGACUGAUGUCAUCCAGUACGAAGGAGCUGGGGGCGCUGAGAUGACUGAGGAACCGAUUGUUGAGACUGAACUGAGAUCCUACAAACCUACUGAGCUCACCGAAAAACAUCCUGCAUUUACUGAAACCAGUGAAGAGAAGUCAACGGGGGCCAUUGAGAAGCCAGGUCUUGUGAGUGAAGUUAGUGAGGAAAAGCCACUGGACGUUCCUGAAGUGAUUGAAAGAGCGGCCGACGUGACCGAAGUCAACGAGGUCAAAACAACGGAGCGCACGGGCAUCGAUGACAGUGAAGUCAUUGAGGAGAUUUCACUCGAGGCUGCUGAGGUCACUGAGAUCUUUGAGAUCCCACGUGGUGUUGUAACCAGAGCCGAGGAGAAAAUCCCUACUGAAGUACCUGAAGCCACCGAGGAACCAGACACCGAGGAACCGGCCCAUAUGGCUGAAACCACUGAUGAGAAACCAGCUGAAAAAUCUUUCCAUGAAAUUGAAAAGAGUGAGGAGGAACUAACUGGGGUCAUUGAGCAACCAGGCAAGGUUACUGCAAUCAUUGAUGAGAAACAAGCCGAACCUUUUGAAAUGAUACAGGCCUUGGAGAAACCGGUAGAUGGCACCGAGGUGGAUGAGGUCACAAGAACUGAGCUCGCGGAUGCCGAUGUCACUGAAGUCAGUGAGGAGACACCAACGGAGGCUGCUGAGGUCACUGAGGUCUCCGAGACACCUCAUGAGAUGACGGGAGCCGAGGAGAAAACUCAAAUCGAAGUUUUUGAAGUAAUUGGGAUAUCAUCCGAUGUGGCUGAAACCAUUGAGGAGAAACCAGCUGAGACUGCUCAGAUGACUGACGAACCAGUCAUUGAGACUGAACAUAGGGAUUAUGGACCUACUGAGAUUGCUGAGACACCUGAGUUCACUGGCGUUACCGAGGCACCAUCCGAUGUGAACAAAGUGUGCGACGGCAGACGCGCUGAGAUCUGUGAGGAACCAGUGGAUUUGACUGACGAUAGUGAAGACCAGCCGAGAGAUGUUCCUGAGGAACAUGCGGAAGAGACUGUGGUCAGUAAGAUGGAUCCGGAUGAGACUACCAAUUUGACUGAAGUCUUGGAGACGCCAGCCGAUGCGACAAGAGUUGGUGGUGACGAGCUGACUGAAGUAGCAGAGGAGCCAGCCGAUGACGUACGUGCUGAUGGCAGCAAAACAGAUGAGGUGGUCGACGAAUCAGCCGAUGUGACUGAUGUAAGUCAUAAGGAAAGGACAGACGUUAUGGAAAUACGUGAGGUGGUUCAGGUAGGCGAUAAGACGCCAACUGAGGAGGCUCUUGAGGGUACUGAGACCUUUGAACCACCAGCUGACGAGACCAAAGUCGACGAAAGCAAGUCAUCUGGUGCUACUGAUGCCAUGAAGAACCUGGGCGAUGUAGCUAAAACUACUGGGGAUGAAACAUCUAUGGUUUCCACGGUGGUUGAGAAGCCACCCUACGCGACAGAGUAUAGUGAGGACAAGCUGACCGAGUUCAUUGAAAAACCAGAUGACAUGGCUGAAACCAUUGAGGACCAGCCGUCCCAAGCACAUAAGCUUACUGAGGUGCUCAUGAAAUCUGACGACUUAUUCCCAACCUUGGAGGACAAACCAACUACACUUCCCGAUGUCACUGAGGCAGCAGCUGAUAUUGCUGACGCCCUUGAGGGAAAACCGACAUUGACCACUAAGAUCACAGAAGGUGCUGAGGACUCAGUCAGUGUGGCUGCCGUCGCU